ACCAAAAACGUCGACUUUACCUUCUUUUCGAAAAGGAUUAUUUCGUUUUGUUAAAAAUAUGCCUUCAUUGGGAUUACUUGGCUUGCUUCUUGCCUGUUUCUUUAUCAUAAAGGUACAUGGUCAACUAUCAGGACAACUGCGUCACGCUGUCAAGUCCGGCUCCUGUCCCCCUAACAUUUGUGUCUCUGUCUUUGAUAACGGGUGUCAGAGCGACUUCACCUGCCCCAGGGAAAUGAAAUGCUGUCCAAACCAGUGUGGAAGACAAAUGUGCAUGCCACCAAUCAGUUCUGAAGAACGAAGAAGCAAGCAGAAGCUCCACGUGUCCUUUGUCCAGGAGACCACUACAGCCGCUGACCGGUGUUACUAUAACGGUCAAUGGUACAACCCCGGACAACAGUUGGUCAGCAGAGACGGGGCGCACUGUACCUGUAUCAACAGGGAGCGGAUCUCAUGUACACGCCCCAACGCUGGGGGAAACAACAACAUGAACGUUAAUAAUCAAGGACAAUCAAACUCAAUGCAGUCCAAUUUUCAUAUGGCCAAAAGCGGCCAGCAGGCACUAGGAGGUUUUACAACUCCGGGUUACCAGUGGAAACCCCCAACAUCACAACCUGUUCAAGUCUUUAUACAGGAUAUGAAUAAUAUCCCAGGACAAUCGCAAUAUGGACUGAAUCCUGCAAUGAACCGCUACCACAACCUCGGAGAAAUGCCUGGGGCAGCGACUCCGGCAUUCUUUCAAAAAAGCCACGUAAAAGAAGCACAGUCUCAAAGUGUUAUCACCGAACAGAACGUGAAUGAUCCAGGUAAUAGGCAGCAGAUGCUGUAUGAUAAAAAUUAUCCCACUUUUGAUAAGUCAGCCUCUUCACAUUCUGGCUCUCUAAAAACCGAGACGAGGAGUCAAUUCGGGUUGUACGAACCAUACUUGAAUGGGAAUGUAAACUUUGGUCUACCUUCCAAGAAUGAAGGAAACAUUCUACAUGGACCAAUUACUACAGAGAUAAGUAUUGUAAAGGAUUCUGGCCUGAUUGGAAUGCGGCAAAACAUUCAGGGAGUAACCAAAAGCAAUCAGGGUUACACCUCAACAACAGCAUCAUGGCUAAAAAACACGGGCGUCAGUAAAAAUGUUAUAGAGAGCUUGGAAUUCGGUGUACUAGAGCGCAAUGCUGGAUUUAUCUCACAACAAGAAAACUCCAUACAAAGUUCAAUGCAAAACACAGGAUAUGCUGAUAUAGUUGAUCGCAGCUCGGCCCUUUAUUCAGACCAGAUAAAUUCAUUCAAUCAGGCUAAUCCUAACUCCGCAUUCAUGGCAAAUGCUGAUUUUGUAAAUGGGAACCAUCAAAGACAAAAAAAUAACCAGAACCAGUUCCAGCCGCGUAAUCCGGAAUUUCAGCAACAGAUAGGCAUGCCACCAGUAGCUCCAGUACAGUCUUCGUAUCAACAAAGCGGAAACCAGGAAUCUUACCAACAUUUUAAUAAUGGACAAAACCUAAACAAGCAAAUAAAGAGUAUAAACCAACUUAAAAGUUCUCAAAAAGUAAAUUCACAAGCUUCUUUUGGUUCCUUUGCUCCGAUUACCAAUGAGAGAAAGAAAAAUACUGAACAAAUGUAUCAUAACGCUAAUCCUAACCUUAGUAUUCAACAGCAGUCAAAUCAGAGGCAUAAUCAAAACUAUCCUAUCUUUGACAACUCUGGACAAAUAAACCCAGAGGGAUUUAACAACCAUAAUUCUUGGAUCCCACAACAAGCGCAUCCAAUAGAUCAAAAUAAAAACAACAAUUUUGGAACACAACCACAAGUAAAUCCAAUAAAUGGUAAUCCAAUAGAUCAAAACAAAAAUAAUAAUUUUGGAAUACAACCACGAGCCAAUCCAAUAAAUGGGCAUCAUUACGAUAAUUCUAGAAUUUCACAACAAAGCAACGAACAGUAAAUUACCGGAAUGCAAGUAGCAAACAAUAAUAAUGAUCCAAAUCUCGGUAUUCCUCCUCAAACGUUUAAUAAUCAACAUAGCAGUUUUAUUAAUAGCAAUCUUAACGGAAACAACCCCAUUGAUCAGACAAGUAAUAUAAACCAAAAUUACCAACCAAAAAUUCCCAUGAAUCAAGGCAAUUACCCACAAACAAGCAUCGCCGAGAAUCCUUCAGAGCGAAGAAGCAACGUGAUCCAGGUGCAGAAUCAGAAACCAUAUCUAAUACAGGGUGGUCAUCAAAAGGAGCAGAACAAACACACUCAGCUAAAAAACACACAGAGUCAAUAUGGAGAUAAUGCAGCCUUCAAUGCUGAUAAUUUACUACUUAAUCAAGAAAACACAAACCGGGGUUUUGAUACUUUAGAUUCGAAAAAUAACUUAAACUUAAAAAGUUUCAGUUUACAAGCAAACACUGGAAAUGAAGACAGGGCGAAAAAAUUCAAUUACAAUAACGGUCAACCUAUCAAUACUUACAAAACAAUCAGCUUUGACAGCAUGCAUAGUGAGACCGACUUGAGAUUAUUCAACCGACAGCAAUCCCGCGUAACUCCAUUUUCUUUAAAAGCAGAAUCGGUUAAAGUCGAAAAAUCUAUUAAAAGUCCUGGAGGACAUCAAUUUAGUCCACAAACGGAGGGACCGACAACAAUUUUCCCAGAAACGGAUAAAAUAAAAAUCAGAACUGAUUCUCCGACAGCGUUGGAGGAAAUCAUUAUCGAGACCACGUUACCCCCUUCAACAUCAACCAAGAGUUUCAUACAGUUCCUCAAAGAGGUUAUAGAACAGCGAGAGAUGGUGAAAAGUAAAACAAAAGCUUCUCCAGCAGAGAGUGUGUACAAUAAAGAAAUGGUAAAGAGUAAGAAAGAAGUCCAGCCACCGGCAAAUCCAAUGUACGGUACAAAAGAGCUCCAAAAAUCGGUAUUGAAGAAAACGUCGUCGUCGACAAGAACAGCUGAAACCUCAACACCACCAACAACAAAAACAAUGGAGACAACGACUGCUUCCCCUUCUAAUCCUGGCAUCACAACCGUUUCCUCUAUUAAUUCUACCCAAAAAAUUAUUCCAACGACCAUCAUAAAGGCAAAGGAGGUUACCAAAACUUCUUCGAAGAGUAUUCCGACUUCGAUUGAUAAGGUAACAGAGAUUAAAGAAACUUCACCAAGAUAUAAUAAUUCUGCCAAGUCCCGUACAUUGAAAUCUAUUUUAGCUGAAAUAGACAAACAAACCACUAUUCGAAUUAAAGUUGUACCGAUACAAAAUGCCACCCCAGAUACACGUCAGACGUACGUCGUCUACAUGAGUCCGAGACCUAAAACAUCUAGAACUUCUACAUCCACAAUUCCUACCACGACAUUUUCCUUCAUUAAUAAUCUCCAUGAACAACUUAACGAAUCCAAAGACAACUCAACAAGGUCUGAACCAAAAGAGCCGCGCAUACAUAUUAUGACCGAAUCGACUACCCUCCCAGUUACAACGAUGAUAGAAAAACCGAUGUCUGAAAGUCCGGGUCAGAAAAGUCAAGGGACGACGAAUUCUCACUUCUCUCAUUUUCAGUUUACAGACACCGCAACACAGAGAAUGGAUGUUGUUGAUCAGUCUAGGGACAUUCCGAUAAACAAUCCUUCUACUACGAUGUCGAAUUUAAUAGACAGUACAACAAGUCAGCAACUGUACCAAGAAACACCCAUUGUUUAUACAAGUAAUUCUAAUGCUCAAAACAUUGCAUCAAUGGCAUCUCAAUCUCAUAAAGCUCAAGAAAAACAUCAUCCACAAAUAAGGACUUCUGAUACAUUUGUUCCAAAUGUGUUACCUGAGAAUGCAACGUUCUAUCAAAAGAUAGUGUUCAUGAGGCGUCAGAAAGAGGCACGAGAGGAUCCCUUAAAAGCUCUUAUGGACCAUGGAAGUCAAACCAAUAUGUUACACUUAAUAAACAUGCUUCCGAAAAACAACUCCAGUCCGAUGGCUGCUAAAAAUGUUGCUGAGUUUUACACUGUGAAGGUUCGGCCUCGACCUAAACCCACCGCGGCCAGAGCUAGCAUUACCACCCCAAGUCCAGCCAAGAAAGAGAGAACACAAAACAACUCACCAGCAACAGAGACACGACCUUCUCAACAAAGAGUUAAUAUGAGAAUGGGAGGGAAUGGGAAUGUUGUACAAAGCAGAUCAAACAGAGCAAACGUGAUAAGAAACAAUCGCAACAAUAACGUACAUCAAUCUCAAACUCAAGCAAGACAGAGAAAUCUAAACAACAAAAAGCCACCGACAAAUGCAAAAAAUACGGCCUCAAAUAAAAACUUGAAGCAGAAGAAAAACAGUAAGCAAUGUGUAUAUUUAGGAAAGAUUUAUAAGAUUAAUCAAAGAUUUAGGAAUGAUAAAGGCCAACGAUGUAGAUGUCGCAAAGGAGGGAAAGUUAAAUGUAGACGAUAAAGAAUCAACGUACUGAGAGUACUGAUAAAGUUUUGAAGCGCGUGGUGGAAAAUCAAUUGUACUUGAUGGUUUUAAAUUUUUCGUUUUAUUUCUAUUUGUUGAGAAUAUUCCAUGCAUUCUGUUGAUACUGGUUCCAUGGUAUUAACUUUGAAUAAAAUUUUUACUGAUUUUUAA